CGUAGAAAGACGAUAAAGUUGCUGAGAAAAAAGCUGAUUUUGGCCGAACAUUGAAACACUAUACAAAAAAAAAAAUUCAAAAUUUUCUUCAAGAAAAGCUGAAAGGGGAAUUCUUGUUUUUUUUUUUUCUGAAUAUUUUUGGUAAUUUUUAUAUUUUUAGGUGAAAAUUUUGAGAUUAGUAUUGUUGAUUAUGGUGUCGAUUAGAUACAUAUUGGUAUUAGGUUUUGUAUUUGCAGCGUUUGGAUAUACGAAUUCCGAAUCGGUUUCUCCAAUUCAGUCUUAUAAUUUUCUGUAUGAUCUGAAAUUUCAAUGCCCUUUUCGGAUCUCUGUUCCAUCUUCUAAGAUUCUUGAGACGGAUGGAGAAUCACUCGACAAGGCUCUAAGGUCCAGUCAGAAAGAUGAGGUUACUGCUAUUCUGUUUUACGCCUCGUGGUGUCCUUUCUCGACAGAUGUUAAAUCAAAGUUUGGUGCUCUGAGUUCCAUGUUCCCGCAAAUCAGACAUGUGAUGGUUGAGCAAUCAAAAGCUACACCUAGUGUCUUCUCAAGAUAUGGAGUUCACAGCUUUCCAUCAAUGUUGAUUGUGACUCAGACAUCAAGAGUGCGAUAUCACGGCCAGAAAGAUCUUCCCUCCCUUGUGAACUUCUACAAGAGGACUACAGGGCUUCAUCCUAUGGUUGAAGUGACAGAAAGUCAAAUUACCUAUAAGGCAGAUGGUCGCAAAGCUUUUCAGAAAUUGAAAGGGUCCUCUUUGAAGGAAUUAUUCUCGACUGAACCUUACCUUGCAUUAUCGGUUGCAUUCCUAUUGUUUAGGGCUUCCCUAUAUUUCUUCCCUGGGUUGGUAGCUCGUGUAGUAGCAUUAUGGGCUGCAUAUAUUCCUCAUCUAAACAUGGGGAUCUUUGGAGAUUCAAGGCAGAUUCUGGGGCGCGUCUUCCACGUAAUUGAUCCCAAGAGCGCUUGGAGCAAGCUAAAGCUAUGCAAAACGAGAAACUUCCAUAAAGGUGCUAGGAAUGCUCGAGUUUGGGCUUCGUCAUUGACAUCAGUUUCACUGGGAGAGACAUCAGCAGCAAGAAUAGCCCCCUCAGGAGACUUGUAAGCUACUACUCGUCGUCUCUCGCAUCAGAUUGUCACUAAAACGAACAAGUUAGAACUCAGAGUCUGGUUUCUACAGCAAGUAGAAUCGUCUUACUUCUUCAUUCCCUGUUAUUUCUUCCCCCUCGGGUUAGCUGUUCUUGCCCGGUGUUGUAUCUUAUCUUUUUUCAGAAAAUUUAAAUAUACUCAAGAGACCAGAAGAUCUUGUGCUUUUAGAGUUUAGGUGGAAAUAUGAACAGCUUUCUUGUAAAUUUUGAGAACAGAGGGUUUCUAUGUAUAUUACAUGAUGACAAGAGGGAGACUUUGUAACACUGCAUGUGUUUGUCUGUGAUGAUUUGUUGGCAUUAACAGAGAUAGUGUUGCACUGUGUGUUGGUAAAAA